UUCUAUGUAUUUAUUGUUCUUUGGUUUGAUUGUUUGUUUUCAAUGUUUUAUAUGUAAAGCGCUUUAGGAUAAUUGUCUUAAUUAGAUAAUGCGGUAUUUAAAUGUAUAGAAACGAAUAUUAAAACUAGCAUUAAACGUCUAAGUUGUAUUUGAAACGAAUACAUGUUCCUCAAUUUUAAACGAUCAAAUUACACUUGAAUGAAAGUGAAUAAUCAGUGAAAUUAAAAAAAAUAGACAGAAAAAUUUGAAUGUUUAUGCAUGGAUAUUUUGCAAGAAUUGUAAUACGUUAAAAUAAUAUUUACCAUACUUAGUGCGAGAUAGAUUGAAAAUAUAUUUGAAUUGAUAAAGUAAAGGUAAUUAAUGCAUUCCCGAUAAAGCAUUGCCGAAUCUAAAAUUUCGCAUAGGAAUUCUUGGCACCAAAGUACUAUGAUACAAUGAGUAUACCAGAGUUAAAUUUCUAUGUGCCAUGCAAUAAAAUUGCCACUAUUUAAACGAAACUAAUUGUCAAAUCCGAAAUGGUUUUCCCAAUGACAGGGAUCCUGAUUUAAAUGUCAAUCAUCUCCAGCUCAGUGGGCGCGCACGCGACGAAUCACGUGUGACCUCGUACGUCUGACUCUUAGGUAGAGUAUUCCAUACAUUUACUACCGUAACGUAAUUACGAACGCGAGAGAUAAUGGUGCGGACGGUUUAAAGAUUUUUUUAAAGGUGACAGCCAGAAUGACAAUGCUAUCGCUGUUAAUCGUCGUUCUCAUCUGCAAUAUUGCCGAAGCUGCUUACUACUGCAACGUAGCAGAUCCCUGUGCACAUGCCAAUGCAUCUACAUUCUUUGAACCUUACGCAAGGUUUGAAAUCUGUCAGUAUGACCCCAAAUACGGGCUAUGCGAUCGUUAUAUUACCCCAGACUGGUAUCGAGUGGAGGACGCCAUGUUGACGGAAUGUCCAAAUCUUCUGAGCUGUGGCGCGCUCUAUCCUGUUUGGUUGAAUGGUUCUGUACCGACCGAAGCUGAGGGUAUUGUUGAUGUAAAGGCAUGUAAAGUCGGUUUUUCUUCGUGUUGUUCAAGAGAAGUUGACGUCAAAAUAAUAAACUGUGGAUCCUUCUAUGCCUAUUGUCUGGGGGCUCUUGAUUCAUGCUCAGAAAGAUACUGUUUCGGAGAGCAAGGUUCUUGUGAAGUUCCGACCACUGUUGGAACGACAACAACUCCCGAACCGACGACUGCUGCCCCACCAACAACCUGUUCUGAAGACCCUUGCAUCGAAAGCAAUCUUCAAACAUUAGCACAACCCAAGGACCGUUCAAUGCAGUGUGAAUACAAAACAGAGGAUUCUUACUGUGAUAACCACCUGGGUCAAGGCUGGUACAAACACGACUCUCCAAUGUUGACUCAAUGUCCUAGUCUCUUAGGCUGUGGGACAGUUUACCCGGUGUGGCUUAAUGGAACAAUACCCAGCACUUCGGACGGUGUGGUCACAAGAAAGGCUUGUCAGAAAGGCUACGACAAUUGCUGUUCGACGUCAUACGACAUCAAGAUUAAGAAUUGUGGCCAAUAUACGGCUUACUGUUUGAAAAGCCUCAAUACUUGUCCAUCUCGAUAUUGUUUUGGUGACGGAGUGUGUGGUGAUGAGGAUACCAAGAAACCUGACCCCCACGAAGACAACAAUCACAGACAUACCAACAUUGAGAUUAUUCUGGGCCUCAUACUGGGAGUUGUGGCAUUGAUAUUCGUUAUAAUGUUGUUCAUCAAUAGGAAGGCUAUAAACAUUAAGAAAUGUUUAGUGAGGAAAACUAAACUAGGAUCGACAGUUAAUAUCAAUAUAGUAAAAGAAGGUAGAGGACCAGCUAUAGAAAAUCCAGUGUACUCACGGGAAAAGGAAGACCGCUCAAGCCCCCCUCCGGCUUAUCAUCCUUAGGUACAGAUGAGGAAGGCCCAGAUCACCUACAAUCUUAUUAAAUGUUCUUUUAAAUAUUUCUCGUUCUUUUCAAGAAAUCAUUACAUGAUUUGUAGAUUUAAGAAAUCAAGGAAGUUUUCUUUUGAGAACAUCUGCGCAGGAUGCUACAACUAACUAGUUUCUGGUUCAAUACUGAUCCAACUGGUGCAAACAUAUUACAUAUCUAUUACGGAACCCUAUCCAGUGAAAAAAUUGUGUCAAUUCAAAUUUUGAUAGGGUUUUGCAGGGACUAUAUUUUUGGUGGAAGGAUUGAUUAAUCAAAAAGUGCUAAAUCUGCGUGAUAUUGCAGUUUCUGUUUCAUCUAAUACAUCUUCUAUUUUUAUACUCCUAUACGUGUAUUUCAGUUUUAUAAUUUAUGAUACAAGUAGGUGAGACUUGGAACCAGGGUUGGGGUAAUUGAAAAAAUAAUUGUAAUUAAUUGUAAUUAAUUACAGUUUUUGAAGCAAUUGGAUGUAAUUUGUAAUUGAAGAUUUUUUUAAUUACAAGUGAUUGUAAUUUAAUUAGUUACCUGAGGAAAACACCAUGUAAUUCAAUUACGUUUUUAUUACUUUUAAUUACAAUUAAUUUCAAUUACAAUCCAGGACCAUGAUAUUGUUUAGCAUGAUAUUAUUGCAAUAUUGCUUAACUCUAUGCGAUACUUGAGUAGAUUGUUUAUUGUGUGUAUUUAAAACCAAAUUAUCCCCUCUCUUUCUUUCUGUCGGUAGUUUGUCUUUAUAUAAGCUCAUCAAAUUCACUGCACUUGUAAGUGAAAUUGAAGCUUGGUCUGUACAAAUAUCACAGUCAGUAUACAUUGUUGUUUGUAAAGAUCUCUCUCUCUCUCUCUCUCUCUCUCUCUCUCUCUCUCUCUCUCUCUCUCUCUCUCUCUCUCUCUCUCUCUCUCUCUCUCUUUUCUGUAUCUUUCUUUCAAAGGGAAGUACAUGUGGUUUUCAGCUGAUCAAAUCUCACUGACAAAAUUGAAACGGUGAAAUCAGGCUUUCUGUAUUGUUCUUAGAGUCCCAGGUAAUUUAAAUGCUAUAAAAAGAAUUCCCAUAAUUGGCAAAGUCAUAUCAUUCUUGAAUGUUCCUGAUCAAGGAAGAUGUCUAGUAGAACUCCAGUUUUCAAGUAUUUUGACAUCCCAGAGUGUCGUGGGCAAAGUUUAUCGGAAUGACAUAUGCUGUUUAAAUGAUAGCACCUUCAAGAAACUGAUGAUCAUCAAAUGUAAUAGUCGAACGAAGCAGUAGUCUGAGAUAAAUUUGUAAAUGUGUUAUCAUUCAUACACCAUGAUUAUCUAAUUUACCACUAGUUUCCUAAUAAAGUUUGAUAAGGUAAUUUAUAAUUUGAUUAAUUUCUUUUGCAAAGUAAUCGUAAUUUAAUUAAUUACAUGCUCUAAAAAUGAGUAAUUGUAAUCUAAUCUAAUUAAAAAAGAAUAGCAAAGUAAUUAUAAUUUCAUUAAUGGCAUUUCAAUGUAAUGGACCCCAACCGUGCUUAGAACUAGAUCAAAUUUUGUAAUUUAUUAACUUGGUUGAUGCAUUUUCCAAACAGAACACCGAUUCUUACAAAAGUUUAAUUGUAUUUACUCGAAAUUUUGUAUAAAAAUUCAGUAUUUUCGCCAAUAUUUUAUAAAUUUUGUCUUCGACCCCUAAUUUUGUGUUCCAUUUCAAAUUUUAAGACAAUACAUUGAAAUUUAUGUGAAAUUCAAGAAAUUGACAUUACUCCUAAUAUACCUUUUUAGACUCUUAUAUUUGAUAUCAUGAUUUUUUUCGUAUCUCAAGUGCAAAAAUGAUUAUAUAUCUAUUUCAUGUAAUGAUUGAUUUGGUUUGCUUAUAUCUUGUUGACACAAACAGACAAAUAAAGUUUUAUGAAUAACAA